CCUCGCGACUAUUAUGAGCGACAUGUAUCGAAGACCGGGCGGCGCUUCGGCGACGUCUGCUUCGCUGCCACAGGCCUUCUUCUGGAGAUGUUACGUGGCUUGGGAUAUAGAGUCUACGGAGGCGGCGGGCGAAUGAACAAGGCAGCUGACGGUGAACCACCGCAAUUUGGCGGCCUUCAACAUGAAGUUGGCUUUCUUCAGCUCGGUGGAGGCGACCGUACCACCUACAUUUUCGACGUCUCCUACGGCCUAGGUGGCCUCACACGGCCCAUCCUCCUCUCCGCGGACCCCAGCAAUGUCGUGCCAGGCGCGGCUCCGCCCGAAUGCCACCGACUGACCAAAGUACCUCAUCCCAACAGUGCCAUUGAAGGCUCGUCGGAAUGGCGCCUCGAAGUCAGAUGCGGGCAAAUGUACGGUGGUGGAUGGAAGAUCAUCUACUCAUUCACGGAGGAAGAGUUCUACUACCCCGACUUCGACAUGUGGAUGCACGCCUUCAACACUCGAGAGGGCGGUCCAGGAUUCUGGUCGAGCAACCCUUUCGUGCGAUAUCUCAUAGUU